GAAAAGUGUUUUUCUACAUAUUUUCACAAAUCUGUUAUACCAACAGCUGAAAAAUUUUCAUCAAUCUAUACUGUGUGCGUUUGGCCUUUGAUGGCUGGUUGGACUGCUUGAUGACUGGUUGAGUGCUUCAAAGGCUGACUGUGUAAUUAAUUUUUUUUUUGUUUUUUUUUUUUUUAUUCAUUGGUGCAACUUUGUCAGGCAAUUGUGUAUACGUGUAUGUGUGUGUGUGCCAUGUCUUGCACACAAAAUAAUUACUUUGCUCCUUCUGCAAUACUUCAAUGUGCGCCUUUGGUUAUUUACUAUUAUUCUCGCUAUUUCUAACAUCAAUUUUGGUAUUCCUCAUAUUGACGGCGACAGCGACGAAGGAAUCACUUUUGGAAAUAUUACAUUUCGAUAAUGUGCAGCAACAGCAACAGCAACAACAACAAUAACACUAGUGAAUAAUGCGCAGCUCAAGAGAAAAAAUUUAAAAAAAUCCAAAAAAAUAUAUAUGUAUAUAAAGUUAAAAAAAAAAAAAGAAAUAAAUACUGAGAAGUUUCAAAUCGCCUGCAAAUGACCUGCGCAAAAUUAAUUUUCCAUUGAGUUUUUUACGUAUAAUACUUGUUGUCUUCAGUUUUGCAAUUGCAAGAAAAAUCUGUCAAGUGCAUAAGUUUUAGUUUGUACAAGGCACGUCUGUUUUUAGCAACUGUUUAAACUACUACGAACAAAACACAAAAAUUUCGAACUAAAAAAACCACAACAAAAAAGAAGAAAAAUUAAAUAAAUUUUAUUUAAACGAUAAAAGUGCAAAAUAAAAUAUGUAUUUGCCAAUGUUGAUACAACACCGUACGAGUAACUGAAUUUUGCGAACUGUUUUUGGAAACAGUAAAGGGGGAGAAAAAAGUUUUUAAGCUACUAGAGUAUAAUUAAGGCCUUUGGGCCUCUCUCACCGCCAAAAUGUCGUCCGUUAAGGUGGCGGUUCGAGUGCGACCCUUCAAUUCGCGUGAAAUCGGUCGAGAAUCAAAAUGCAUAAUUCAAAUGAACGGCGCUACCACCGCCAUCACAAAUCCAAAAGUACCAUUAAACAGCAGCGAAGCCAUAAAGAGCUUCAAUUUCGAUUACUCCUAUUGGUCACAUGAUCCACGCGAUCCCGAAUUCUCCACACAAGAAAUGGUCUACAAGGACAUUGGCGAGGAGAUGUUGCAACACUCCUUCGACGGCUACAAUGUAUGCAUAUUUGCCUACGGUCAAACCGGUGCUGGCAAAUCCUAUACAAUGAUGGGCAAGCAAGAGGAACAUCAAGAGGGUAUUAUACCGAUGAUUUGUAAAGAUCUCUUCAAUCGUAUACAUGACACGGAAACAAAUGAGCUCAAGUAUUCGGUUGAGGUUUCAUAUAUGGAAAUCUAUUGCGAACGUGUACGCGAUUUAUUAAAUCCGAAGAACAAAGGCAACCUACGCGUACGUGAGCAUCCAUUGCUCGGUCCAUAUGUGGAGGAUUUAUCCAAGUUGGCGGUGACUGACUAUCAGGAUAUACACGAUCUAAUCGAUGAGGGCAAUAAGGCGCGCACUGUCGCCGCUACCAACAUGAACGAGACGAGCUCCCGCUCGCAUGCUGUUUUCACCAUUUUCUUUACACAGCGUCGCCAUGACAAAAUGACCGAUUUGACCACUGAAAAAGUUUCCAAAAUCAGUUUGGUCGAUUUGGCUGGUUCGGAACGUGCGGAUUCGACUGGCGCCAAAGGCACUCGUCUCAAGGAGGGCGCCAAUAUUAAUAAGUCCUUAACCACACUGGGCAAAGUCAUCUCAGCUUUGGCUGAAAUUUCUGCUUCGAAAAACAAGAAAUCGAAGAAAGCCGAUUUCAUACCAUACCGUGACUCUGUGCUUACUUGGCUUUUGCGCGAAAAUUUAGGUGGCAACUCUAAAACAGCCAUGAUUGCCGCCAUCUCACCAGCUGAUAUUAACUACGACGAAACAUUGAGUACAUUGCGCUAUGCUGAUCGCGCCAAACAGAUCGUCUGCAAGGCCAUCGUCAACGAGGAUGCCAACGCCAAGCUUAUACGCGAACUCAAGGAAGAGAUACAAAAGUUGCGCGAUCUCUUGAAGGCCGAGGGUAUUGAGGUGCAAGAAGGGCCCGAUGGUAAAGUGGUUUGUGAGAAGCGCGAUCCGAAUAAAGACGAGAUGACCAAGUCUGGCAAUGGUCCGUUGAAGUCACCAACCAAGGCACGCAAUCGUAAUGGUUCUACCACUGAAAUGGCCGUGGACCAAUUGCAGGCUAGCGAAAAGUUAAUUGCAGAGCUCAACGAAACAUGGGAAGAGAAACUCAAGCGCACCGAAGAGAUACGCUUGCAACGCGAGGCGGUCUUCGCUGAAAUGGGUGUAGCGGUCAAGGAGGAUGGUGACACCGUGGGUGUCUUCUCACCAAAGAAAACACCACAUUUAGUCAAUCUAAAUGAGGAUCCCAACCUAUCGGAAUGUCUACUCUACUACAUUAAAGAUGGCAUAACACGUUUGGGAACCCACGAAGCCAAUGUACCGCAAGAUAUACAACUCUCCGGCUCACAUAUUUUAAAAGAGCAUUGUACUUUUGAAAAUCGUAACAGCACCGUUACACUUAUACCACACAAAGAUGCAUUGGUCUAUUUAAAUGGACGUAAAUUAGUUGAACCUGAAGUACUCAAGACCGGUUCACGUGUUAUACUCGGCAAGAAUCAUGUAUUCCGUUUUACCAAUCCCGAGCAGGCGCGUGAAUUGCGUGAGAAGAUAACAGAGAAUGCGGAAAAUGAGAAUGAGACAGAGAAGGCCGAUACACAGCAAGUGGAUUGGAAUUUUGCACAGUGUGAGUUGUUGGAAAAGCAGGGUAUUGAUUUGAAGGCGGAAAUGCAGAAACGCUUGGAUAAUUUGGAGGAACAGUAUAAGCGGGAGAAAUUGCAGGCUGAUCAGCAGUUCGAGGAGCAGCGUAAAAAUUAUGAAGCGCGCAUUGAUGCAUUACAAAAACAAGUGGAAGAACAGUCAAUGACUAUGUCAAUGUAUAGCAGCUAUUCACCGGAAGAUUUCCAUCAAGAGGAAGAUUUAUACACCAAUCCACUCUACGAAUCAUGUUGGACUGCACGCGAGGCCGGCUUGGCUGCUUGGGCAUUCCGUAAAUGGCGUUAUCAUCAAUUCACUUCACUACGCGACGAUCUUUGGGGCAAUGCUAUAUUCUUGAAGGAGGCAAAUGCCAUUUCGGUGGAGUUGAAGAAGAAGGUGCAAUUCCAAUUUACGCUGCUCACCGACACACUCUACUCACCGCUACCGCCAGAGCUGGCCACAGCCGCUGCUUCGACACUACAAAAUGAGGAUGAAUUUGGUGCGCCACCAGUUUCGAAAACUAUUGUUGCUGUCGAGGUGACAGACACGAAAAAUGGUGCAACACAUUAUUGGUCGUUGGAGAAAUUACGACAACGUUUGGAGCUUAUGCGUGAAAUGUAUCACAACGAAGCCGAACUUAGUCCCACUUCACCCGACUACAAUGUGGAGAGUUUGACUGGCGGUGAUCCUUUCUACGAUCGUUUCCCCUGGUUCCGCAUGGUCGGUCGCUCAUUCAUUUACUUGAGUAACCUACUUUAUCCCGUACCGCUCGUACAUAAGGUGGCUAUUGUUAAUGAACGUGGCGAUGUGCGUGGCUAUUUGCGUGUUGCCGUACAACCGGUUUUGGACGAGGAGUCUAUUGACUUUAAUAACGGCGUAAAACAGUCUGCACGUUUAGUUUUCAACGAAGAUGAUGCUAAGCCCAAGUAUCGCGCGCUCAACGAGAAAGACGAUGUACAACGCUAUAUUGACAAUGGCGGUUUGGAUAGUAAACUCGAAGAACUUGAGGAUGCUGAUUCCGGACGCGGCAUUGAUUCGAACUCCGCUUCAGAGUGUCAAGAGGCUAACGAGGAGCCUGGUGAGCACUUACAAGUUGGCAAGGAAUUUACAUUCCGUGUUACCGUACUACAGGCCACAGGAAUUGGCGCUGAAUAUGCAGAUAUUUUCUGUCAGUUCAACUUUUUACAUCGUCAUGAGGAGGCUUUCUCCACCGAACCAGUGAAGAACUCCGCAUCUGGUGCACCACUCGGCUUCUAUCACGUGCAAAAUAUUACCGUACCCGUGACCAAGUCUUUCAUUGAAUAUCUGAAAACCCAACCGAUCAUGUUUAAGAUCUUCGGACACUAUCAAACACAUCCAUUGCAUAAGGAUGCCAAACAGGAAUUCGUUUCACGACCACCACCACGUCGCAUGCUUCCACCAAGCAUUCCAAUUAGCCAACCGGUGCGUAGUCCCAAGUUUGGACCGCUACCAUGUCCAUCAACGUCUACAGUGUUGGCUAAACAUGAUGUCUUGGUUUGGUUUGAGAUCUGCGAAUUGGCUCCGAAUGGCGAGUAUGUGCCAUCGGUGGUUGAGCACAGCGAUGAUCUUCCAUGCCGUGGCCUAUUCCUGCUCCAUCAGGGCAUACAACGUCGCAUACGUAUUACCAUUGUACACGAACCCACAGCCGAAGUGAAAUGGCGUGAUAUACGCGAGUUGGUCGUCGGUCGUAUACGCAAUACACCUGAGUCAUCGGAUGAUUUGGAUGAAGACUCGUGUGUAUUAUCGUUGGGCUUGUUUCCUGGCGAGACUGUGGAGGUACCCGGCGAUGAUCGUUCAUUCUAUCGUUUUGAAGCUGCUUGGGAUUCGAGUUUGCACAAUUCCGCUUUACUGAAUCGUGUUACACAAGCUGGCGAGACUAUUUACAUUACUUUGAGUGCUUAUUUGGAGCUGGAGAACUGUGCACGCCCUGCUAUCAUCACCAAAGACCUUAGCAUGGUUAUUUACGGCCGUGACGCACGCACCGGACCACGUUCAUUGAAGCACCUCUUCUCGGGACAAUAUCGCAAUCCCGAAGCUAAUCGUUUGUCUGGCGUUUAUGAAUUGUCAUUGCGUAGAGCCUCUGAAGCAGGUAGUCCAGGAGUGCAACGCCGCCAACGACGCGUCUUAGAUACGAGCUCCACUUAUGUGCGCGGCGAAGAGAAUCUCUCCGGCUGGCGACCACGCGGCGAUUCGCUCAUUUUCGAUCAUCAAUGGGAAUUGGAGAAGUUAACCAGACUCGAGGAGGUGGGUCGUGUACGUCACUUGUUGUUGUUGCGCGAACGUCUCGGCAUGGAUACCAACCCCAAUCCAACAACAAAAACCGAAAAGGAUGUUUGCAAUUUGGCAGCGCGUGCGGCCACCUCACCCGUACAUAUGAUCAUACCACCAUCACCACAAACGCCCGUCAAGGAUCCACAACAGAUCAUAUCCGAGCGGGAGUAUAAUCAGCGUGAGCAGGAUUUAAUGUUGAAAUGCUUGAAGUUGGUGCAGGGCACGUACAACAAACUCACAGAUCCCACAGCAGAGCCAGCCACACAGUCGGAUGCUUCGCCGAGCGAUGAAGGUUGCGCUGACAUGACCGUUAGCUGCAUCUCCAGCAACUCUAUAGAAACAACACCAAAAAUUAGACGAAGAUUAUGCUCACCCGAUCGUGCUGAUGCACCCAAUGGUUGGGAGGCACCUGCUCCAGCUACACAACCAGCAUUACCCCUACGUCUGUAUGUGCCCGAAUUGGAGGAAAUUAGGGUGAGCGCAGUUGUGGCGCGUAAAGGUUUGCUGAAUGUAUUGGAACAUGGCGGUUCCGGCUGGAAGAAACGUUGGGUGAUUGUACGUCGCCCUUAUGUUUUCAUUUACAAAUCGGAGAAGGAUCCCGUCGAGCGUGCAGUAUUGAAUUUAGCGACAGCUCAAGUGGAAUGCAGUGAAGAUCAGGCGGCUAUGGUUAAAAUACCAAAUACUUUUAGUGUCGUCACCAAGCAUCGCGGCUAUUUGCUGCAAACAUUGGGCGAUAAGGAGGUACACGAUUGGCUCUACGCCAUCAAUCCACUACUGGCUGGACAGAUAAAGUCAAGACUGGCACGUCGCACACUGGAUUCGGCAUCGCAAACAGCAUCACAAAUCCAAGCCACAACGGCGUCAAAUGCACAGACAAACAAUAAAUGAGAUACAAUUACAAUGGAAUCCGUAUUAGUGUAUUAAAAGGACAGUAGUGUUGGUGUUUCUAAACAGUAUAUAUGCAAAAAAGAAGAACUUGAGGGAAAAAAUACAAAAGCAACACAUUAUAUAAUAAAAAAAAAACAAUAAAAGAAUUAUUAAGUAUUUAUUAUAAUUUAGUUAUAAAUGAUAAGCAAAUUUGAGAAAUUAUAUAUAAAAAUAUACAUACAUGCAAAUGUGCAUAUACACAUGCAUAUAAACAAUAUAUGACAGGUUCAUAUAUUGCAUUAUAUACAAAUAUGCAAAAAAACAUAAAAAACAGUUGAACGGAAAAGUCAAAUGAAAGUUAACUAAAAUUACGAAAAAGAAAAAGAGGAAGAAUUUGCGUGAAAAAAACUACUCACACACUCUCAUACAUAUUUGCAAAUACAUACAUAUAUAGCAUAAAUUAGCAAAAUUGAUGGAAGCUUAGUUGGCGUGCGAACAAGUCAGGAGGUCAAGGCGAGCGCUGCGCUCAGCAUUGUCAAAAAGAAAGAAUUUAUUUGUAUGAGAAAACAAACCGUUCGCAAUGUGUGUGCUGUCGUGUGAAAUUCGUUAUUUUCCACUAAACUUUUAUUUGCCAAAAAAAAAAA